UGCUUUGCUGGCCUUCCGGCCCCUGGAGGAGAAGUGAGCUCUGUUCGCCGCCGGCCUGCGGUCUUGGGCAGGUGGGGAGGACGGACCCUACUGUCACCCCGCAUGUUUAGGCUGGAAGGCAGUGAUGAGUAGCCCUCGAAAAAGGAGCCGCUAGUGGAGAACAUAAUGUGUUUCAUUGGAGUUAGGAAAAGAGCCUGUUUGGAGGAGAGAGCAGGUGUGAGAAGAGUGGCAGCGUAAACAGAUUAUUCACUCUACCGAGGCCUGAGCUGGAGCGCUGAAUGCAUCCUGUCUUGUUCUUGCUGCCAGGCAUGCCAGUGCUUCCUCCAUGAAUUUGAAAGAUGUAUUGGCUGACCUGAUACCUAAGGAGCAGGCUAGAGUUAAGACCUUCAGGCAACAACAUGGCAAGAUGGUUGUGGGCCAGAUCACUGUGGACAUGAUGUAUGGUGGCAUGAGAGGCAUGAAGGGAUUGGUAUAUGAAACAUCAGUUCUUGAUCCUGAUGAGGGUAUCCGCUUCCGAGGCUAUAGUAUCCCUGAAUGCCAAAAACUGCUGCCCAGGGCUAAGGGUGGGGAUGAGCCGCUGCCGGAGGGCUUAUUUUGGCUGUUGGUAACUGGACAGAUCCCAACAGAGGAACAGGUAUCUUGGCUCUCCAAAGAGUGGGCAAAGCGGGCAGCUCUGCCUUCCCAUGUGGUCACCAUGCUGGACAACUUUCCCACCAAUCUACAUCCCAUGUCUCAGCUGAGUGCAGCCAUUACAGCCCUCAACAGUGAAAGUAACUUUGCCCGAGCAUAUGCAGAGGGUAUCAAUCGAACCAAGUACUGGGAGUUGAUUUACGAAGACUGUAUGGAUCUGAUCGCAAAGCUACCUUGUGUUGCAGCAAAGAUCUACCGGAAUCUCUACCGGGAGGGCAGCAGUAUUGGGGCCAUCGACUCUAAGCUGGACUGGUCCCACAAUUUCACCAACAUGUUAGGUUAUACCGAUGCUCAGUUUACUGAGCUCAUGCGCUUGUACCUCACCAUCCACAGUGACCAUGAAGGUGGCAAUGUAAGUGCCCAUACCAGCCACUUGGUGGGCAGUGCCCUUUCGGACCCCUACCUGUCUUUUUCAGCAGCCAUGAAUGGGCUGGCAGGGCCCCUACAUGGACUGGCAAAUCAGGAAGUACUUGUUUGGCUGACACAACUACAAAAGGAAGUUGGCAAAGAUGUGUCAGAUGAGAAGUUACGAGACUACAUCUGGAACACACUCAAGUCAGGACGGGUUGUCCCAGGGUAUGGCCAUGCAGUACUAAGGAAGACAGAUCCACGAUAUACCUGUCAACGAGAGUUUGCUCUGAAACACCUGCCUCAUGACCCCAUGUUUAAGCUGGUUGCUCAGCUGUACAAGAUUGUGCCCCAUGUCCUCUUAGAGCAGGGCAAGGCCAAGAAUCCUUGGCCCAAUGUAGAUGCUCACAGUGGGGUGCUGCUCCAGUACUAUGGCAUGACGGAGAUGAAUUACUACACAGUCCUGUUUGGGGUGUCACGAGCAUUGGGUGUACUGGCACAGCUCAUCUGGAGCCGAGCCCUAGGCUUCCCUCUAGAGAGGCCCAAGUCCAUGAGCACGGAUGGUCUGAUGAAGUUUGUGGACUCUAAGUCAGGGUAAAACUGGAGACUGAGAAGAAACUACCAGAAAUUGAGGGAGCUUGAAAAAAUUAUACUUUUGUUUUGUUUCAAGGGGCUUUUAAAGGCUUAAGAUUAAAUUGUAUCUGAGGCACUGAUAAUUAGUUUGAGGUUAAAAUAUAAAUUAAGACUUUAAAAGAUAAAAAGUGACCCCUUCUUCCCUAACCAGCUCCUUUCCGCUGCCUGGUUUGCAUUGCCCAUUAACUGCAGGAUGACCAGGACUAAUCCAUGUGGUGUAGGUUAAAUCUGGCCUCACCACCACCAUCUUAGAGAGAAUCUGGCUCCUCUAUCUCUGGGUCAAAGCUGAUUGCAGAGAAUCUGCAGUCGCUUUGGACCUUUUGGUUCCACCCUGCCCAGCCAUCAAUAGGCCAGCAAACCAGGACUCUGCCCCCUUUUAAACAAGAAUCAUGUUGGACUGUCAGCUCUACCAAGUCCCAUUGCCCUCUCCCAUACACACAGACACUUCCUAGCAAGAUCCAUUGGUUAGCUGGGUAUGCUUUGGCAUUUUUUAUGCUACCAGGUAACCAUAAAGGCCAUGGCAUUUGUUACUGGCACUCAGUAUUUGAUUUUUAUUUCUUUUUAAAAUUAUCCCAUGAAAAUUAAGGUCUGGGAGUGUUCUGUUCCCCACUAUUUUAAUACCUCCUUUGAGAUUUUCUAUAUCUGCUGUGCCUCAAGCUCAGUGAGGAUGCUCUGGACCUUCUCUUCUUCGUCCCAAGUAGAGAUCUGUUUCAGCAGGUUGUAUAUACCACUGCCUGAUAUGUGGUCUUUCCCAGUCAUUGGCUUUAUCAGUGCUUAACAUGAAUGAAGCUUUUUACUUCCACAGAACACAAGCCACUAUCCUCUGACCAGCAUGAUAUCAUCAUGGUCUGGUCCCAGGGGUACUAGCACCUCUUUCUGAGCAGGGAAAUAAUUUAAGAUUGGACAUGGUUUCCUUUGAAUAUCAGAUCCCUGGGAUAAGGGGCAUUAAAAAUAGUAACCCUGCCACAUUAAGAAGGAAUCGAAAUACACUCCUGCUGUGCCCCCUUCCUCCCUCACAACUCCUGCCUGUUUGUGUGGAUCCUUAAUCCCCAGAACCACGCUGUUGAGGUGGACACACUGUCUAUAAACCCCUGGGUAAUUUGUCAUGAUGCAGAUUUCAGGUUGUUCUGUAUAAAGUGCAAAAUAAAUGUUUUUAUUAAUAAUG